AUGUCUUCUGUAGAACUAGACUUCCCAUUUCUUGCUGUCUCUUCUCUCCCUCUCUAUCUUUCUCUCUCUCUCUUUCUCUCUGCUUCAUUAUACAUUUUCUUUGAGUAUCCUUUUUUAUAUAUGACUUCUUUUUCUUUACAUUCUUUUUCUUUUUCUUUUCUCAUUAAUGAAAUCUUUAUUUUCUUUCUCUCCCUCAUUAUCUUUUCCUUCAUCUUAUUCUUCAACUUAUAUUUCUCUUUUUUCAUUUUCUUUCCUGUUUUAUCUUCAUUCAUUUUCCUUCCCAUUUCAUAUUUUUCAUUUUCCUUACUGCCACACAUUCAUUUUCCUUCUGCUUUUAUAUCUUUCAUUUUCCUUUCCACCCCCAUCUUCAUUCAUUUUCCUUCCCAUUUCAUAUUUUUCAUUUUCCUUCCUGUCUCAUCUUCAUACUUUUUCCUUCCUUUUUCAUAUGUUCCAUUUUCAUUCCUGUCAUAUUCUUCAUUCAUCUUCUUUCCUGUUUCUUUUUCAUUCAUUUUCCUUCCUCUUUCAUAUGUUCCUAUUUUCCUUUCUGUCUCAUCUUCAUUCUUUUUCCUUCACUUUUUAUAUUUAUCCAUUUUCCUUUCUGCCUCAUGUUCAUUCAUUUUCUUUCCUGUUUCAUAUUUUCCAUUUUCCUUUCUGUCUCAUCUUCAUACUUUUUCUUUCUGUUUCAUGUUCCAUUUUCAGUCCGGUCAUAUUCUCCAUUCAUCUUCCUUCCUGCUUCUUAUUUUUCAUUUUCCUUGCUAUUUCAUAUUUUUUCAUUUUCAUUCCUGUCAUAUUUUCAUUCAUUUUACUUCCUGUUUUCUUCUUUUAUUCACUACCUUUUUUCUUACUUUUUCAUUCUUUUUACCAAUUUCUUCAGCCAUUUUUCUUCAUUUGAUUCAUCAAAUUUUCUUCCUUCACAUUUAUGUUUCUUAUUCACUCAUUCAUUUUUUUUACUUUUUUAUCUAUGACUUCUUUUCCUUUAACUUCUUUUUCUUUUUUUGUUUUCUCAUUAACUACAUCUUUAUUUUCUUUCUUUCUUCAUUGCAGUUUUCAUUUUAUUUUUCAGCUUACAUUUCUUUUUCAUCAUCUUAUCUUUCUCACCUUUUCAUUUAUAACACAAUAUUUUUCAUUUUCUUUCUUGUUUCAUUGCCCUUCCUAUUUCAUAUUAUUUUAAUUUUCCUUCCAAUCUCAUCUUCAUUCAUUUUUCUUUCCUGGUUCAUAUUUUUUUCAUUUUCCUUUGUCUCAUCAUUCAUUUUCUUUCUUUUAUAUUUUCUAUUUUUCUUUUUAUCUCAUCUGCAUUCUUUUUUCUUUCUGUUUCAUGUGUUCCUAUUUUCCUUCUUAUCUCAUCUUCAUUCAUUUUCAUUCCUGUUUCAUAGUUUUGCAUUUUCUUUCCUACCCUCUAUUUUUUCAUUUUCUUUCUUUUUUCAUCUUUAUUCCUCUUCCUUCCUGUUUGAUAUAUUUUUCAAUUUCCUUCCUAUUUCACUUCAUUCAUUUUCCUUAUAUUUUCCAUUUUUAUUCCUUUCCCAUCUUUAUUCCUCUUCCUUCCUGUUUCUUCAUAAUUUAUUCUCCUCUCCCAUUUAUAUAUUCCCAUUUUCCUUCCUCUCUCAUCUUCAUUCAUAUUCCUUCUUCGUUGUUCUUCAUUUAUUUUCCUUCCUUUUUUGUAUACUUUUCAAUUUCCUACCAUCAUUUCAUUCUGGUCAUCCUCUCUGA